AUGUUUUCCUCCUCAAGGCUUCUCUUUGCCUUUGGCACUACAACCAUGUUGAGACUCACUCCCCGUUCAACCGGAGCAAUAAGAAAGAAGAAAGAUACACCACCGUUUGGCACGGCAACUGAAUCCAAACUUCCAGAAACAUCAUCAUCAUCACAACACGUUGAUGUUUUCCCGAGUGUGAAGGAAUCUCUGGAUCGUCUCUUGGGUGAAGCCGACAAAACACCCACUGAUGAGAGAAAUCCACAGACAACAAGUUUACAAGUGCCGUCUUUCUACAACCCGAUGGAUAUCCGCGGUCAACUGUACGAUGUGGAGAUCGCAGGGCCUCUCCGCCGUGCCGCCGCCAACCGCUGGCGUUCGCCCGUUUGGGCCACACGUGCCGCUUUUGCCCGCAGCGGCCACAAAGUGCGAGCAGACGAGACGGGUGUACGUAUUCCCACAAACAUGCAAGAGGUGGAGAUGUAUAAUCUCGAACAGACAGACGCCCCGGAUGGUGUUAUCAGUCGAUCGCUAGCAAGAGAAGAAAUGAUGGCAGCAAAUAGAAUGAUGCCACUAAAUGCCGCGGGAAACCGAUACUCUUUGUGGGUGCGUCGCAUCCUGGAGCGACAUCCCUCAUUCCGUCAGUAUACUUCGCCUUAUUGGGCCACUGAGGAGGAGGUGGAAAUGUUGGGUACGAAGGUGAAACGGUCGCAGGAGGGUUGUGGAAUUCUCAUCCAACACUUUUCAUCUGCGUCUUCUGGGAAUGCAGCUACAUCAUCAAUAUCAUCAGGAGUUGAAGAAGAAAAAGCAGAAUCAAAGGUACCGAAUAAUCAGGAAGAGAAUGUUGGUACAGCAUCAUCUAAUAAUUUUUUCAUGUUAUACAAUGCAGAACAGUUGGAAAAUCCUGAAAAAAUGACAAGCGAAACUUGCCCACCAACGGAAUGUUUAAAUAUCAAUGGACGGCGUUACAGUAUUGCUGUUACGAUUUGCAUGCGUCAAUACUGUCAAAAAUAUAAUCUUCGUAUGCAACCAUUUGCUAUGUUUGUCACAUCUGCACGAGUUCGUGUAAUGGGAGGUGAUUUACUACCGAGAGAGAAUGCUGUGCCACCCUUUACUUGUGUUAUAAAGGAUGAAUUGGUGACAUUUUAUCAUGCUGACCAAACAACCAUAUCAGAUCAGUUGAAUGCGAUGGCCUUAACACGCCGCCGUGAGAGGAUGGAUCGCAUUCCAGCAACUAUUCUUUAA